AUGGAGACCAUAACCAACAUCACAACUGCUGCGUCCCGUGCUAUUUGGGGUGAAGGAACAAACCCAGAUGAGAAGAAGGAUGGGAAUGACACUUUGGGAAAAGAGCCUGUUGCUGGAGAGCUGGGUGAUGUGAAGAGUGGUGAGCCUUAUGACAGGGGAAACGUCGAGGACACAACAGCCAAUACCUCCCUCCCCUCAAAAUCAACCCUAACUUCUAACCCCAAACCCGUUACCACCGAGUCCUCUUCAGCUGAUCCGCCCAAAGCCGCCGUCCUCCUCCCAGAAUCAGAAUGCCAAUCCCGCGAAACCCCCUCAAAUCUCCUCGCUACAGCCGAUCAAGCAAAGCUCCCCUCAGAGAACAUGUCGACUGAGUCUAAGCCUCUGACAUUCAGCAAGAGUGAUCCUACCGAUAGCAGUACCACUGGUCUUGUUGGGGCUGGCAGCGAGAAUAAGGAUAUUAGUCUAGAGGAGAAAGCCAGUGCUGUGAAGGGUACGACGGGGUUUGAUGAGAAGAGUGCUGAGAAUGGCAUGACCGGUACUACUGGCUCAAGCACAGCACCACCUCUCACUGGCGCACCAGUAAAAAGAGACGGAGGACUCCGUGAAGAGAAGGUAGGAAGUUCGGGCUUGCUGGAAGAGAAGCGAGUUAGUCCUGCAUCUGUGUCUGAGCCGAAGGUGGGAGAGACGAGUACCCCCAAAAAAAGUACAAGUAGUGAGGGGAAGAAGAGUUUGGAUGGGACUGGGAGUGGACAUGAUAAGGAGAAGAAGAGUUUGAAGGAGAAGAUUAAAGAGAAGCUACAUAAGCAUAAGGAUUAG